AUGAGGUCCGUGCUCAAGGCGGGGCGCGAGGAGGACGUGGACGUGGUGGUGCCACCGAAGGAGCUUACCAUCAAGCAGAUCCAGGACCAAAUCCCCGCCAAGUACUUUGAGCGCUCGGCGGUGUGGGGCAUGUACUACGUCUUCCGCGACAUCUUCCAGGUCCUGGCGCUGUACUUCAUCAUGUAUCGUGCAGUGAUGCCGGUGCUGACUGCCUUCGGGGGCGCUGUGUAUGGUGUGGCUGGCGCGAACAUCGUCAGCUGGACCGUCGUCGGCGCCGUGAAGUUUGCCGCGUGGACCGUGUUCGGAGUAGCCCAGGGCCUCAACGGCUUCGCUAUUUUUGUGCUCGCACACGAGUGCGGUCACCAGGCCUUCAGCUCGUACCGCUGGCUGAACAACGCCGUGGGGCUGCUGCUCGACUCGGCCAUCCUCGUCCCGUACCACAGCUGGCGCAUCAGCCAUGGCAACCACCACAAGCACACAAACCACCUCACCAAGGACACGGUGUUUGUGCCACGCAAGGAGCAGCGUGUGAUUGACCUGGUCGAGGAGACGCCGCUGGUGAUGCUGUGGAAUAUGAUUGUCAUCUUCACGUUUGGCUGGCCAGCGUACCUCUUAGCCAACAUCGCAAGUCAGGACUACGGUCGCCGCACCAGUCAUUUCGAGCCUUCGUCGCCGCUCUUCAACAAGGAGGACGGGCCCGACGUCGUGCUCUCCAACAUCGGCAUCGUGGCUGCGCUCUUCAUCUUGGGUCUCUGCACCUACCAGUACGGCGCCUGCAACGUCUUCUGCUGGUACGUCGUGCCGUACCUCUGGACAAAUUUCUGGCUGCUCUACGUCACCUACCUCCAGCACUCCGACCUGCGCAUCCCGCACUACGCGCAUGCGCACUGGACGUUUGUGCGCGGCGCCAUCGCCACCGUCGACCGAGACUACGGCUUCAUCAUCAAUGAGUGGCUGCACUACAUCAACAACUCCCAUGUCGUGCACCACCUCUUUAGCCAGAUGCCCUUCUACCAUGCGAUCGAGGUGACGCGCCACCACAUCAAGGACAUCAUCGGCGACGCCUACGUCACGGACAGUCGCUCCCUUGUCGAGAUGCUGUGCGAGACGUGGAGAGAGUGUCGCUACGUUAUCCCGUCCGAGGGCAUCAGCGUGUUCUACGCCUUCACCGGGAAGGGCGCGUAA